GCUAAAAUGGUUUAACCAAAAAACAAAAUAAGAGAAAGUGAAGAUGUCUCCAUCUUGUUUAGUAUUUUUUUUCUCAAACUCAAUCUUUGUUUUAUCUUUAUUUUCUUUGACAAUUCAUGCCCAUCGUUGCACUCAGGAUUUCUUAUUUGAAACCCAUAGUAGAAAUCUAACAUUAUGCAAGAGAUACAAACAUAGGAAUGGAGUUGAAUUUGGAUGGAAAGUCGAAAACACGACGACUAAUAUUCUCAAGCAGGUGUUGGUGGGAGCAAGAUUAGAUAGUAAAACCGGAUGGUUAGCUUGGGGUUUGAACUUAGGACCAGAACCAAGAAUGGUAGGGACUCAAGCACUUAUUGGCAUCAAACAAACAAAUGGUUCAUUUCUUGGUAACACAUACAAUGUCACACAAUAUAUUAAAAUAGGGUGCAAUCUUUUACCAACUCCAAUUGAUUUAAAUGUAAGCAAUUUGAUAUUUGGUCGUCUUGGUCAUAUUCAAUAUCACACCAUAGAAGCCACUAUAUAUCUUCCUCAAACAGUUAAUAUUUCAAGAAUUAAUCAUGUUUGGCAAGUUGGAAAAGUUGCAAUUGGAAUGGAACCAAAAAUUCAUGAAAAAACAAUCAGAAAUUAUGAUAGCACAGAGAUCAUUGAUUUGCAGACUGGCACAUCUAUAAGCAUUAGAUCUGCUAGACGCCAUCAAGCAAGAGUUGUAAGUCAUGGUCUAUAUUUUUUUUCGAAUUUAACUUAUAUACACACGUAACAUUAUAUAUAAAAUAAUGUUACAUUAUUGAUUUUGUAUUUUACCAUGCAUGUGGUAGAGGUUAUACACAUUAUUUUUCAUGAACUUAAUUCCGCUUAUGUGUAAUAGUCUACUAGUAAUCUUUUAGUUGAUCUGAUAGCGCAAAUUUAUUUUAAGCCAUCAAUAAUUUAAUUGUUUUUUUUCAUUGCAUGCAUGUAAUGUCCUUCAAACAGGGUAAAACCUUAUUCAUAUAAGAUAUUGAUAUCAAGCUAAUACAUACAUUAAUAUAUAAACUUUAUUAAGUUACUUAACCAUGAUAUGUGAAUUGAAUUGGUUUUACGUAAGGCGGAUGAUUUAGGAGAUUGUUGUACUUGGCUCCAUUUUAAAAUUGGAUCCUCCUACUUAUCAAUUUGUUGAACUCCUAUACUCAUAAGAACACAAUAUU